UGAAAAUUAGGUUCAAUGGAGCAUCUCCAGAGCAGUUCUCCAAACUCUGUAAUAAAGAAUACACCUGAUCCUUUUAUGGCCAGUUGGAGCUUUUUGCCUUCCAUAAAAAGAUAAGGGACUUUGUCUUCAUGGACUCUGCUAUGAUACACUGCCUCACGACAGUCAUGCAAGACAUAACCUUGAAGUUGAGAUGGAGGUGGUGUGCUGAAGGUGAAAUAUAAUGCCAUACAUUGCACAAAGAAACAUUGUUUGUUGAGCAGCGCAGAAAUAAUCGGUAAAAUGGCAGACAAUAAUGUUGUUAACAAUGGCAAAGACGGGGCUGGCCAGAGCACAGAAGACGUUUGCCGGGACUACCUGCGCAAUGUCUGCUAUCGCGGCAAGACCUGCAAAUACCUGCACCCGGACAUAAAUGAGGUACAUGAUUUAGGUGUGAAAAAGAAUGAGUUUGUCUUCUGUCAUUACUUUAUGAAUAAUGUUUGUACCCGUGCAAAGUGCACAUUCAUACACGGUACAGCAGAGGAUGAGGAAUACUACAAAAAAACAGGGGAGCUUCCUCUGCACUUGCGCUCCAAGGUGGCUGAAACCUACGGUCUGUCAGUUUCUGAUCUGCCUGCGGAUAAAGGUGAGAUUCCAGUAUGCCGAGAUUACCUAAAAGGUGAUUGUCAAAGAGGCUCAAAAUGUAGAUUCCGGCACUUCAAGCGUGACAAUGCAGAACAUGAUAUCAGACUGACACGGGACACCCCACUUUCUCAGCCAUUGCGUAGAUAUGAACGAUCGGAUAAGGAUAGUGGUAUCACUUGCUAUGAGUAUGACCACCGUUUGAAGAGGAGAAAGUUGGAAGGUUUUGAGUUUGAAGUGUAUGAAUAUGAUCUCUCAAGUCGCCGGUCGGUUGAUUCAGGAUAUCUGGAAGAGGAGAAUCUUAUGCUGCGAAACCGGAAUGAGGAGCUGAAAAAGCAGGUGUCAAAUUUGAUGGGUAACAAUGAGGUUCUUUUGGAGCAGAAUGCAUUUCUCCGCAACCAAAUAAAGGCAGCAAUGGUGAAUUCCUUGCCCACAACAACGGCUGGGAGAUUUGGCCACUGCACUUCCCCAGGACUUAAAACAAGGGGACUUUGGGAGUAAAAUUACUUCCAAAAAUUGUAAAUCUAAAAAUUAGUCCUGUAGUUCUGGAUGAGCUCAUUUCCAAUAUUCUUAACAUCUCAGCAGUGAUCCUAAAUGCAUUCGACUCUGCUUCCUGUGACAUUGGGUUGGGAUGGGGCGUGGGGUGCGGGAUGUGGAAUAUCAUUCAAGACCUAAAACUGUUUAUUGCUUCAGCGUGUCCAAUCAAGGAACAUAUCAAGCUUCUUGACAAUUUUAAAAGGCCAUGUGGGAGCCACCUAUGGAUUUUAGCUGGGUUACUUUUUCCUGGUUGCAGUUGCUAAUUGAAGCUGUACUGUGGGAAAAGCUGUUACUUGAAAGAACAGCUGAAGGGCAAAUACUGAUACUUGCUAAAAUAUGUCAGCAUCAUAGGAGCAGCAAAUCUUUGGCAAAAUUAAUUGAAAUGCAGCUUGUUUUAACACCAUUUGGUGCAAAAAGCAAUGUGUAACACAACA